GUCAGCACUGUAAAUAGAAGCGCCGGAAGCGCUUCGUGGCGCUUCGGAAAGCUACCGGUUGUAUUCGCGUUGCGCAUCGGUCUCAUUACACGCAAUCGGAGUCAUCAGAGUUGAUUAAAAUAUUCGAGGUUUGACGUCUUUCAUGCUUAGGAGUCGGUUUAGAUCGUCGAAACAAUCACUAAAAUGGCAAGCUUCCCGGUGCUGAAUCCGGAAAUCCCAUAUGUGGGAAAAGUGGAAGGAGGUUUAAGAGCAGGUACUAUGGUGACAAUACGAGGCGAAGUGCCAUCUCAGGCUGUGCGAUUCGCCAUCAAUUAUCAACUAGGACCAACAUUAAAUCCGAGGGACGACAUAGCCAUUCACGUGUCCCCGCGUUUCGCUGAAGGUUUCGUUACCAGAAAUAGCAUAGAAUCGAUGAUCUGGGGCAUGGAGGAGAACUCUGGUCCAUUGUGGAUUCAUCCUGGUCAGAAAUUUGAAAUGAUGAUUCUAUGCGAUUAUCACUGCUACAAGAUUGCCAUAAAUGGCAGUCACUUCGCAGAGUUUGCUCAUCGAUUACCAUUCAUAAAAGUUACCCAUCUGGUUAUCGACGGUGAUGUUGAGAUACACUCCAUCAAUUAUGAACAAGUGUCAGUUGAUCCACCAAAGUCCCCUGCUACAGCACCAGAGGGUGUACCAACUGCUGAUUUUGGACCACCACCACCUGGUGGAUUGUAUCCAACGAUUCAACUGCAUGGUGGAUAUGGACCUCCUCCUCCAACUGGUUAUGGACCUCCCCCGCCGGCUGGUUAUGGUCCCUCUCCCGAUGCCUAUGGUGGUCCUGAUGGUUACAAUCCAUCCAGAGGUUAUGGGUAUCAACCUGAGAAACCAGAAGAAGAAGGUGUCUUUGGAGAUUGUUUAGACAAAGUUGGAUUAGCGAUAGGCGGUUUAGUGGCGGCCGGAGGAGUAGCGGCAGCCAUGCACGCGAUAAAUAAGAAAAAGGAAGAAGGUGAAGAGAAGGAUCACGAAAAAUCGGACGCUUCCAAGUCGAAGACGGAAAGUGAAGGUGGUUUUGGAAAUUUAGCUGGGUCUCUCGGAAUGGCUUUAGCUAGUAGUCUGGCGAGCAGCGCCUUGCAAAGCAACACACACGCACAGCAAGGCUAUCCUGCCCAGCAGCAAUCGGGCGGCGGCGGUGUAUUAGGCUCUAUUUUUGGAGCCUUGGGUGGUGGAGGAUCUCAACAACCUGCCUAUUCUUCAAAUCAGCCGGCCGCCGGUGAUAAUCUGAGCGGAACGUUAGGAUCUAUACUUGGUGGCGUUCUCGGCGGUGGUGGAAGUCAUCAGCAACCAGCAUAUCAACCAUCGGGAGGCUACGGCGGCUAUCCACCGUCAGGUGGCUAUCCGGCGUCCGGCGGUGGAUAUGGUGGUCAGAGUUCUGGCGGAUCGGAUCUCUUAUCGGGAAUAGGAUCUGCCUUGUUUAGUUCGGCUUUGGACGGUCUAAGCAAACGUGGAAAAGAUAAAUCUUAUGACGAACAUCGUUCCGGACCCCCUCCGAAUUACGAGCCUCCUCCACCAGCACCCCUAACAAAAUCAGCUCCGCGUCCGGAAACUCCACCGUCUUCGGGCGGGCACAAAUUAACGGCGGACGAAAUUUCGAAGGGACUUGGAUUGGAUGAUUAAACGCGCUUCAACGACGCAGAAAGAAACUUUAGCCUACAAAUAUACGCACAUAGUGUAACGAUCUUAUGCUCUCUGGUUGCUUGAAAACGUAAUCUCUAUACGAUUGUAAAUCUCGUUCAUUGAAAUAUGAUGCGCGAUGUACUCGUUUGCCUUUUGAACCAGUAGAUUUUUAAUCAUACUGGCAGCUAUAUAAGAUAUAGAAAUGCGAGCGAUUAUCUCUCGAUAUUAUAUAUAUAAAUGAAUCUUG